AUGGCCGUCUUCAUCAGCUCCUCCGGCAUGUGCGGCUCGCCAAGGCGCGCUACGGCGACGACGACGACGCUCCUACUCGCACUAGCCGCCGGCGGCGGCCUCCUCCUGGCGCCGGUCGUGGCACGCGGGUCACCCGAGCACGACAAGCAGCAGCAUGAGGACGACAGCAUCUUGGGGCUGCCGGGCCAGCCCAACGGCGUGGCGUUCGGCAUGUACGGCGGCUACGUGACCAUCGACGACCACAACAGCCGCGCGCUCUACUACUGGUUCCAAGAGGGCCCGGGUGCUCCUCCAUCGGCCUAG